GGAGUGCGUCGUGAGUGUGACAAGGAGGCAAUUCCCUCCACAGCAACACACCUUCCACAAAGUGGAUUAUCUGACGAGGGACAGCACUGUCCCGCGAGAGUCAGUGCUAAAAAACUGAAGAAGUCGUAUAUGAUUCAUAGGCUGCGACGUUAAUCAGUUCAGUUGCUCAGCCGCACUCGUACGGAAAACACAUCUCCGAAACGCUUCUCUUCUGAGACAGUUUCACUUUGGAAUAGCAAAGAAGAAAAAAAAAGAGAAAUAGAGAUCAUCUUCUCUUUUUGCGGGAAAAAGUCUUUUGUGCUUUGGUGAAUUGCGCGUGAAUGUUGAGUCAGAGAAAACACAUCUCUCUGUGUGAAGAAGAAGAGAUUCUGCAGCACAGAAAUCCUGUGGGUGAGGUUUAUUGACUCUUCAUUGGUAGUCUUGGCCAAAAUCGGCAACUCAAGACGGUGGGACAGAUCUUUGAGAAUCGCAGGCACUUCACACUGUUUAUAAUGAUUUAACAGUAAGAAGGUGGUGAUCAUAUUUGGAAGACAACACACAUCGAAUAUAAUCAUAAAUACUCAAGCAAUUAAGGUGGAAAAGAAGGCAAAGUAGAAAAAAGUUCUCGUGUUACAAAAAACCAAAAUCAGUGAUUUAUGGAUUGUUUCUUCUUGUGAACUUCUUCCACUCGCGCAACUUCCAGUUCGCGCGAAUCAAUGAAUGAAACCAAUUUUCGCAUCAUCUGAGACGUGCUCUUUUCUUCCUUCUUCCCAAUCACUGAUCAUCAUCAACUGUGCGCUGACAAGUUGAAGUACAAUAUUAUAUCCGAGGACAAGGACACUUUAUUGACGACGACGACUGAGACGACAAAACGAGUGUCCUCGAGAAAAAUGGCAUCAGAACCGGUGGAUUUAGCAUUGAUACACGAUGAAGAAUUGCUCCGUCGAAUGUGGCAGCAGACGGACGACUUCGCGAGGAAGAAGGAGAUUCGGGCUCAUAUGUACAAAUUGCGCGAGAGUCGUCUGCGUGAUUUCUACACUGGUGACAUGGAUGCAACCAUUGGAAUUGGCAAGGGACUCGGCGCCAGUCAUGGCGAUUCCCUGCAGGAUCAAUCCUUCGAGAGCUUCAAAACGAAGGAGAUUCGCGACUCUGAGAGUCCCACAAGAGACUACAAGUUUGAUGUUGUGGCGCCAGACACAAGUGGAUGGAAUGUCAUUACAUCAUCGGAAGUGACAAACGACGGGAAAACUCACACAACCCAAACACUCGCGACCACGGCCGGUGUUCAAGAUGUGCCAGGUGGGAAAUCGUCAUUCUCCGGGCGCAAUGAGCAAUUGUCCUCGGUGACCCAUGAAGGUGACGACAGCAAUUUCACAACCUCCGCCGGCCAGUCGUCCAACACUCUCCUCCAGGAGACCACCGUGACUGGCGAUGAGGACAGCGGCAAGACAGAGACCAAGUCCACAUCCGUCACCUCAUCCUCUCGUGUCAUCAAGUCACAGCACACAUCGUCCGGCGAUCAGGCUGCUCGUGAUCACAGAAACGUUGCCGACGAGUUCGAUGAAUUGCUCCAAUCAGCACGGAAUACAUCAUCGAGUGUCCAGCAAUCCACUUCACUCACAACAUCCAGCGAGAAACAGAGUGAGCAGCAAUUUACUGGUCAGCAAGAGAGCAAAGUAUCAACAACAAUGACCGCUGAGGCGCAUCAGAAGGAGGUUGAGCGUCUGGCCGCCCUGCCGGGUGAGAUUAUAUCGCGCAAGAUUGACUAUCCCGAUGCCAAUACGAAGAUGAUCACAGAGACAAAGGCCCUCGAUGACGGGACAAUCGUCACAACGACCAAGUACGAAACCAGAUCAGCCUCAUCCAAGGUAUGGAGCUCAGCUUCCAACAAGCAAGAGUCAUCCUCCACGCGCUCCGUCACGGAGGAGCGCGCCCAGAAGCAGAGGAUCGAGUGUAUCCGUGACGAGUCAUCUGCGACCAGAGAGAAAUCGCAUGAGAUAUCGCACGAUCGCGAAACCACUCAACAGCACGCACUCAAGUGCGAUACAACGGCAACAGAUGAUUAUGCUCCCAGUGAAAUCUCUCAAUUCUCACCGCAGUCCAACAAGACCUUCGAGAUGUUCGAGGAGGACACGCACCAGACAUCCGAGAAGGUGGUGAAGCAGGAGUAUCGCCAGGAUCACACCAGUAAGCGAGUCAGUGUGGAGGUUGACGCUGCUCAUGAUGCCUUUGCGCGCUCCUUGAGGUCCAUUUCUCCCGAUCGCGGCAGCACAAAGUCAUCAACAACUCGUCUCAGCACAGACAAGGGACAAUCCAGACGGAGUCCUUCGCGAGAGAGUGACACAAGUCGCAUCAGUUCGAACACAGUGACGAAGAGCAAGAGUGAUCUCACCACUCAUGAUUACCAGAGAUCAACCAUCAGCUCUGAGAGGCGUCAAGCUCGAGCAACCACGCCGAAGCGCCCAUCAACUGUUGUCGAGUCCACUGAAGAUGAGCCAAGGGAUCGUGUGCCUGUCAAGGAGCCCUCUCCAGUCAGGAGACCCACUCAGGCAAAAGACAGCAAGCCCUCCUCUUCGGUCAAGAAAUUGCCCAAGACUCACGACAAGACUCCAAUGAAGGACUUCGAGACAGAUUCAGCGAGAUCCACUUCACCAACAAGCACUGUCAGCGAUAUUGUCUAUCACAAGACAGACAAUCGUCAAAUCAUCACUGAUCUGGACUCUGAGGAAGUGACUGAAGUUGUGAAGACAAGCCAAGAGUCCACCAACACUCAGUCAGUGACCGAAACGACAACUAUUGCUGAAGGAUACGGAGAUGAAGUCAUUGAAGUACAGGAAAACACUUCCAAGACUCCAACUGCUCCGCCAAGGAAGAGUUCCAUCAAGAAAACCACUGAGGAAGUCAUUGACAGUGUUGAUUCUAAGGAAACUUCUGAUGAGACAUCGAAAAGAUACAAGUUGACCAGGAGUGAGACUUAUGAGGAGCGUUGCAGGAAGAUUCUCGGAAUGUCUGAAACGACUGAAGAAACACAGGAGAAGACUUCUCAAGACACCGUCGACUUCUUGGCCAAUGAAGUCAAUGUGGAGACGAAGAAUAGAGCUAAGAGUCCUGAGAAGGUCAGAAAGACUUCUUCGCCAUCUAAAAAGACUCCCGCGAGCAGCCCUGAAAGAAAGCCAUCCAUUAAGAAGACUCCACAGAAAGUGGAACCAGUGAGAAAAUCCAGCAAGAAUGAGAUAAAGAGAGAAUCCGUCACGGAGAUCACAACUCAAUCCACCAAGACGGUGAUUAAGAAGGAGCUGAAAGAGGAUGACAAGGAGAGAAAGUCCACUACAACCAUCAUCACAACGACUAAAGAUGCUCCUGAAAAGAAAACUCUGGGAGAGAGGAAGAAGUCGACUGGAUUGGAUACAAAGCAUGUGUCAACGGCUAAGAUAACCAUUUCUCCUGUGGCUUCCAAGGCGAAGCCUAAGGAUGAGAAGCCAGCAGCGAAGAAGCCCAAGAAGAUCACUCACAGUGAUUAUUCGUCAGAAGCUGAGGAUUCGGAGAAGGAAGUUCCAGCACCUGAGAAAACUCCAUCAGCGCGGCGAGUGAAUAAAUUGCCGGUGGUGGAGCGAAAGGAAUCCGCUCCGGUGUACAGCAGUCGCCAGGAGAAGGAGUCUGUGCACAAAAUGGCAAGAUCCACCAGUGAAAACACCUUCAGAUCAUCAGCACGGAAGCGCUCAAAGCCUGACAUGCCAGAAAUCAGUAAAUCGCCGGAAAAGACAACGAAAGCCGACACAAAACGACCCACAAAGUGUAUCACGACAAAAACGAUCAAUCUCACGGCGACAAAUCACACAGAGAGCGCCAAGACGAGUGAGGAUGUUGAUGUCAUUGUUGAUAUUCAGCAGGCAAAGUCAUCACGAGAGCCCACACCCAAUCGCAUCAUUCCUGUUCCGGUGUCGCCAGAAGAGGACACGGGAAAGCCACGAUAUCCGGAUGCUGUGCACGAACCGGAUGACGAGCGUCGCCAGCCGAAGGUGAAGAAUAUUCCCAUCUAUGAGGAAGAGACAAGUGACUACAUUGGCUGCAGCAUCACCGAAGUGGCUGAAGACGACACCAAUUUGACCGUCGCCGACAAGGUGAAUCUCUUCACCAGCCUCAAGGAGAAUUCCAACUACGAGAGAACAUCAUUCACCAAGGAAUCCUCCGUGGAUGUGGAUGAGAAGCUGAAGGAUGACGAAUGUCUCCUCAGUGUUUCGGAUAAAGUCAGCAAAUUCAUCACAUCUGCUGAGGAGGUGAAGAAAAUCAAGACUUCAACGCCCUUCUCGCCUGAUCGCGAUCGCGAUGACUCGCUCAGGGUGGACGAGGAGUGUCUCUUGAGUGUCACAGACAAGGUCACCAAGUUCAUCUCCACCGCUGAAGAUGUCAAGAAGCCCAAAGUCUCAAGUCCCUUCGUCCCGGAAUCUCGGCCUGAAAAUGGCGACACAAUCACGGAUGAGAGUCAAUUGAGUGUCACUGAGAAGGUGACAAAGUUCAGGACAAGAGCUGAGAAGUUGGCAGAAACCACGCCUCAGAGAUCUCCAGAACUCGUGGCCAAGAUCGACAGGCAAGUUGCCCGUUCAAAGCCACCAACGGUUGAGAAGGUGUCAGAGGAGGAAUUCGGGGAUUUCGAGGAGGAGAAGACCAGGAGGAGCAGCGUGAAGGAUCGCUACAGUCCCAAGGAGAAGCCAGUGACCACAUCUCCAAUCACCCUGCGCAGCACGGAGAUUGUGAAGAAGGCCAAGGCUGUCUUUGAGCAGAACAAGUCCCCAUCGGCAAAGCCCAAGGACAUCCUAUCGCGUCCUUCCGUCUGGGAGGGUCGAAAGACAGCCAAACUGUCAGACAUUGGGGUGAAGGGAAAGGAGAAAUCCUUACCAGAGGAAGCGCCCAAAUCCGAGGGAUUCUUCCUCACAGAACCCGGCAAUCGAGACACUCCUCGAGAACUUGAUCGUGCCUUCCAGAAUGCCGAGAAAUCCUCUCCCAGUGACUCAAUUCCAUCCUAUCUGAAGGACGCUGUCGCCACGCGAAAGCACAUCUUCGAGAAGAGGAUUUCCGAGGAGAAGAUCAGAAGAAAGUCCCAAGAAUCGGUGGAGAGAAAGCCCUCAAAGCCUGUUGAAGAUAUUGAGCCUGUUGUCGAGGAGAUUUGUAUCAAGAAACUCGCUUAUCAAACACAACCAGAUUCUCCUGUCCAGAAGGACUCUGUGGGCGCCAAGAGGAGUCUCUUCGAGAGAAAAGACUCCCUGCCAUCGUACAUGAGUCCCACAUUGAGCUCCAUCGAGCACAUGAAUAGCCAGAGGAAGGAUUCCAUUGACAUCAACAAGAGCAACUUGCGAAAGGCCUCAAUGGAAAAGAAGGACGAAGAGUACGAUGGCAAUCCUAGAAGUACUGUGAAAUUCGGUGUGGCUCUCAAGAGAACCGACUCAGAGACUUCACAGCCUCGUCGCAAGUCCAGUUGUCCGGAAAUACCACACAUUGAGGAGAUCUUCGAGUUGGAAUUGCUGGAGAGAAUGCUCGAAACUGUUGUUGGCUAUGAGCAACGCAGGAGAAUUCGCGCCCAGAUUCGCCUGGUGAAGAAGCAAAUGGAGAGCAAGGAAGUGAGGAAGAUCAGUCCCUCGAGGAAGCUCUCACCGCGCAAGAUCAGUGGCAAAUCAACCGAAGCUCCUGAUCACACUCAAUUGAACGGACACAAGAGCGAGUGUGAGACUGUUGAGAUUCACGAGAGUCGCGUGGAGAAGCACAUGUCCAGAAGCCCAAGUCCACCAAAAUCCCUGCCCAAUCUCCGUCAGAUGCGCUCAGUGGCGACUGAGUCGAAGGAUGACAAGCCCAUCUGGGCCACCAAGAACAUCCUCAAGAAGGCAUCCGAGAACAAUCGCACCUACUCGAGCAGGAGAGUCGUGAGUGAAAGCAAGACGCAACGCAUGAAGACAGACGUCAGCACUGAACCGAAGUCCAUGGAUUCAGUGACAUCGAGCUACGGAAUUGGGCCAACGGAUGACAAUGGACAGCCUCUGUUUGGCCUGCGUGCGCUGAAGAAGAAGACUCCAGGCGCGAGUGAUUCCACAACCAAGGUAUCCGGAAGCAUAGUCAGGGAGUCUUAUCACUCUGUCAACGGUGCUGAUCCCGUUGGCCAGCGCACUGUCACACUCUACUCUUCAGACCUUGCGGACUUCGACCAGAUCGGUGAGCGACCGGAGAAGAAAACACCAUCGCAGAUCCGCGACAAACUCAUCGAGAGUGAGCAAUCGCGAAAAGUGCACAGCGUGACAAAGACGCAGAAGAUCGGCGACAACACAUCACCCAAAGUAGUCCGCCGUGGCUCCGUGAAGGAGUUGAGUGAGAAGUUCAUCCAGAAGGAAGCUGCCAUCACUGACAAGAGCACAGCGCAGAGUUACCCAAAAGCCGGCCUCAUUCUCAGAACACAGACGAGUCGAGAGGAUGGCAAAACCACCCCCAAAUCCCCAGACAAGGGGAGAAUCGUGGUGACCAAGACACAGACUGUCACUGGCGAUGGUGGUGGUGGUGGUUUCAAGACAACCACAACCACCAAGGAAACGCGAUCAUUCCUCAACAGUGCCAACAGCAAAGUCACGGACGUUCAAGAUGUUCUCGAUCGCAUGAGAAACGCCGACAAUGUUGAAGAAGUCGAAGACAGUGCCGACGACAGAGAAGCCAGGGCCCUCCUGAACAAGUUUAUAGGAGCCAGCGUCCUUAUGGCCGGAAUGGAGUCCAUGAUGCCGCAACAAAUGAGCCAAAUUGUGGGCGCGCCCGUGACGAAGCAGCAGCAGGUAGGAAAAAGCACAACAAAAACUGUUAAAACUGCCACAACCACCACAAAGAAGAGGCCCACAAAUAUCGACGAGAUUUGGGACGAAGUUCUUCUAAAGCAGCUGUUGGAGCAAACAACCAAUUACGAAGAGCGACGCAAAUUGCGAGCCAGACUCAAGCAAGUGAUGGCGGAAAAGGAAGCUUGUGCUGACGUCAUUGCCAGCGUGAAGAGAGAAUUGAAGCAGCAGGAGGAAGAGCUGGACAGUGACGAGUACGAGAUUGUUGAGGAGGAAGAGGAGGAGGUUGAGGAAGAAGAAGAAGAGGAGGAGGAGGAGGAGGAAGAGGAAGUAGAGGAGGUGUCAGAAGAGGAGGUGGAACCACCAAAGGAGCCUCCGCCGGCGCCACCCGUGGCGGCAAAGGAACUGACCGCAAAAACUGAAACCACUGAGAAUGAGUCAAAAAUUGACGAAGAUGGAGUCAUUACAACUACUAAAAUCACCACAAAAACCAUUCAAUCGAGAGUCGCCGCCACCAAUAACAAGCCAAUGUCGCCGUUUGCCAAGUUCCGCCAACUGGACAAGCAACAUUCAGCGGCUUCUCCACCAAACUCCCCAUUAACACCUUCAACUCCCAAGACACCCGGGGGAUCUGCAGCCCCAAUUUUUAAGUUUACCGACCCAGCGUUAGGUGCACGUGCGGCCACUGUUAAGGAACAGCUACUGCAGUGGUGUCAGAUUAAGACAAAGGAAUACGAGAACGUUCAAAUAACCAACUUCUCAACGAGCUGGUGUGAUGGAUUAGCAUUCUGUGCACUCAUUCAUCACUUCCUGCCGGAUGCAUUCGAUUACAGUGCCCUGACACCUCAGCAGCGCAAGCACAACUUCACACUCGCCUUCCGAGUGGCUGAUGAAAAAGCCGGGAUCGCGCCACUUCUCGAUGUCGAGGACAUGGUAAUGAUGCGAAAGCCCGACUGGAAGUGCGUCUUCACCUACGUCCAGUCAAUCUAUCGACGCUUCCGGAAUGCUGAAUGAUCCGAAAUAAGUCAUUGUUAGUCAAGAGAGUCUCUUAGAAGAGUUGCAUUGUUGCUAAAGCCAUUUGUUAUCAGCUCGUGUUUGUUUUCUAUCUAUUUAUCUCACCACUUUUUUUCCACAAACUCUUAUCUUUUUAAAGUGUCUCCCCAAGAAUAUAUUAUAAAAUAAAAACAAGAAUAUAUUGUAAUAUUUUCUAACGUAGAAUUACCAACAAAUAAACACACACACAUUGUUUAUAAUAUAAAAUGAUGAAAAAAUAUCGUGAUGAAGAGAAAAUUUGUAUGAAAAAACUUGCGCAUAAAUUUGUAUUUAUUAGAUGUUUAGUCAAUCUCUACUUGAGGAUUCUUUUUUCUACCAACUAUUUUAUAUUGUGGUGCAAUUAAUAUUUAAAAGAAAGAGAGAGAUAAAAAAAAAUCAAUAUUAUAAUCUAUGAAACUCUAACUCUUCCUAACUCCCAAAAUCACAAAUGGAUAUUAUUCAAAACUGAUAAAGUGUAAUUUCUGUGUUUCACAAAACUCUUUUCUUUCUUUCUUUCUAUUUUUUUUUUUGUUAAUACAACAACUCUUUCGCCAGCAAAUGUGCGGUGAAAAGAGAAGGAAAAAAAUAAAGUGUAAUAAUUUAACCAAAUAAUUUUUACAAAAUAAAAAUGCUUCGACAUA